GACCGUACCACGGACCCCGAAUCCGCCGCCGCCAGUCUUGCGUGUGCCGUGUGUCCGUGUGCGCGUACGCCGUCCGCCCGCCGUGGUAUACGCACAGUAUCCGCGUCCGCGCGCCGUCCAAAGAGAUUGCACGCACACACGUACACGCCGUGCUGUACACGCGCGCGCCCGUCCGGACGAACCGUCGUGCAGACGCCAAGCGACACCGUCGCGCACGUAUAAUAUCGUACACAGGCACACACACGCGCGCGCGCUCUCACCCCCGGUCGAUCUCGCCCGUUUUACGCCCUCGGCGCGGGGCGGCGCUUUCCGGAGCGCACCGGCACCGUCGACGACGACGACGACGACGACACCACAGCGCCAGCACAGACCAUGUGGAUCGCCCGCUGACCGCACAGGUAUUGCACCGUCGUCCGUCUACCAUUACGUCGCGUAUCGUCUCCCGACGCGCACCGCACGCGUUUCGCCCGAUAUAAUAUUAUAACGGUCACGUUAUUAUCGUCGUUAUCGGCCGCUGACCGCAAGAUGUAGGCGCAAGUCCACCAGAGGAUCGACACGCUGCCGCAGCAGAGUAGACUGGCCGACCGACGAGCCAUCGUCUCCAUCCGCACAAUAUCAUAACAAUAUUGUACAACAACAAUCGAUACGCCGUCGAGGGAAGAGAGGUGAAAACCGUGAGGGACAGACAGACGGACGCGCGGGGGCCGGAGAGCGGACCCGCGAUGAAGACGUCGCCGACCGCGGCGAGGACGUCGGCGCUGCUGACGGCCGCCGUGGCCGCGGUGGCCCUGGCCGCCGUGUGCCGCGCGCCGGGCGCCGGUUGCAGCGACGGCGGUGAGCCGCUGUCGCCGCACAUGCACCACAACAUAGCGAUACUGCCCAGCGACGUGUACCCGGGGUACGGGAUCAAGCAGUUCGCCAGCGACAACAAGUACGCGUACUUCCGGCUGCUGGAGACCGGGUUCUCGCAGUUCUUCGCCGUGCUCAAGGACGGGCUGCUGAUGACCACCACCGACCUGGGGCUGCUGGUCAAGCGGCCCGUCAACCUGGUGGUGCUGGAGGAGUCGCCCAACGCCACGUUCACGCACAACAUGCAGCUGUUCGUGCUGGAGAAGCGCGAGAUGCUGCGGUUCGCCGGCGACGCGGCCUACCCGGACGGCAAGGUGCCGGAGAACAAGCCGCCGGGCACGAGGGUCCGCGGCGUGCCGGUGCUGCACGCGUUCGGCGAGGGCGUGGCCGGGCUGCCCAUACGGUACGCCAUAGUGGACGGCAACGACGACGGGGCGUUCGCGCUCAAGACGGCCGAGAACAUCAUCGCCGGCAACAUCACCAACAAGUCGUACUACCGGGGCGUGCACCUGGUCACCAAGCGGCCGCUGGACAGGGAACAGCGCCCGUCCUACGACCUGAUCGUGCAGGCCGCCGACGGCAGCGGCAUCGACAAGGCGUACGCCACCGUGCACGUGGACGUGCUGGACGAGAACGACAACAGCCCCGUGUUCGGGCAGGCCCUGUACAAGAUCAACGUGGACGGGUUCGCGCUGGGCCUGGACAACGGGACGGCGGGCCCGGGCCGGUACUCGGCCGUGGGCCGCGUGUCCGCGGUGGACGCGGACGGCGACCGGGUGGCGUACAGGCUGUCCGCGCCCAGCUCCGCCGUCGUGGUCGUCCCGCAGACCGGCGAGCUGCUCGUGUCCGACGACGUGCUCCGGUCCCGCGAGUACUUCGAGUGUCAGCUGACCGUGGACGCGCACGACCUGCGCGAGCCGUCCCGCGUCGCCGACCGGCCGGCCACCGUCUGGAUCCAGUACAACUUCGUCGUGCUCGACGACGACGUGCUCAUGCAGGACUUUGGCGCGUACGACGACGCGGCCGACCACCGGGUGUACAAGCGCCGGGUGACGCGGGCCGUGCGGCCCACCAAGCGGAUCGAGUUCACCGAGACCGACGGCGAACAGGAGGGCCGGAGCGUGUUCCCGCUGGAGAAGGAGACCGAGAAGGAGACGUUCAAGAUCCGCGACGAGAACCCGUGGGUGACCGUCGAGCCCAACGGCGCCGUCAGGGUCAAGAAGAAGUGGGACUACGAGGAGUUGGGCCCCGAGAAGACCAUCGACUUUUGGGUGACCAUCACGAACGCCGGCGUCGGAGGAGUGAAAUAUACGGACAAUCAGAGAGUGAUCAUACACGUGAAAGACAUCAACGACGAGCCUCCGUACUUCAUCAACCGACCGCUGCCGAUGCAGGCCGUGGUGCAGUUGAACGCGCCGCCAAACACGCCGAUUUUCACUCUUCAGGCACGCGAUCCGGACACCGAUCACAGCAUACAUUACUUCAUCGUCAGGGACAGAACCGGUGGGAGGUUCGAGGUGGACGAGCGGUCAGGCGUCGUCCGGACCAGAGGGACCGACCCAUUUCAGCUGGACAUGGAAUACGUUUUGUACGUGAAAGCCGAAGACCAGAACGGUAGGAUGGACGAGCGCCGUUUUCAGUCGACGCCCGAGGAACGUCUGUCGAUCGUCGGCGGCAAGAGAGCUCCGCAGUUUUACAUGCAGUCGUACGAAGCGGAAAUACCGGAAAACCAGAGAAAAGACUCCGACAUCAUAUCGGUGAAAGCCAAAUCGUUUGCCGAUCGAGAGAUCCGUUACACGCUCAAAGCGCAGGGCCAAGGCGCCGGGACUUUUAACAUCGGCCCGACGUCCGGCAUCGUGAAACUGGCCAAGGAAUUGGAUUUCGAGGAUUUGAGACAACCGCACGUGUACUCGCUGAUCGUCACAGCCACCGAGGAUUCCGGUGGAUUUUCAACUUCCGUUGAGCUCACCAUCCGCGUGACGGACGUCAACGACAACGCGCCCAAGUUCGAGCUGCCCGAUUACCAGGCGCACAACGUGGACGAGGACAUACCGCUCGGGACGUCCAUACUGAAAGUGAAGGCGAUGGACGCGGACUCGGGCGAGAACGCCGAGAUCGAGUACCACGUGAGCGACGAUCAUUUCGCCGUCGACGCUUCGGGCAUCGUCAACAACAACAAGCAAUUGGACGCCGACAACAACAACGCGUACUACGAGUUCGUCUUGACCGCCAAGGACAAAGGAGAACCUUCGAAGACUGGCACGGCCACCAUACGGAUUUAUACGAAAAACAAAAACGACGAGGAGCCAAAGUUUUCGCAGCAAGUGUACACGCCGAACGUUGACGAAAACGCCGGUCCAAAUACACUGGUUACCACGGUAGUGGCUUCCGACAAGGACGGCGACAACGUCAGGUUUGGAUUUGUGGGCAGCGGUACGUCGUCCGGUCAGUUCGUCAUCGAAGAGAUCACCGGAGUCAUCCGGCUGCACUCGAAAUCGAUAUCGCUGGAGAGAGACAAGUACGAGCUGAACGUGACCGCCGUGGAUGACGGCGCGUGUUGCGUGAACGGCGCGGCGACCAUACAUACCAGUACCGCGGUAGUGGUAGUGUUCAUAACGGACGUCAACGACAACAAACCGGUGUUCAGGGAAUGCGCCAAGUACAACCCCAAAGUCGAAGAGGGAGCGCCGAACGGCAGUCCAGUGCUCAAGGUGCACGCGACUGACGAGGACAAAGGCGUAAACGGUCAAGUGAAGUACUCGAUUGUCCAGCAGCCGAAUCAAAAAGGCACAAAGUUCACAGUCGACGAAGAAACCGGCGAAGUGUCUACUAACAAGGUGUUCGAUCGAGAAGGCGACGAUGGCAAAUUCGUGUCCGUCACGAUUAAAGCUACCGACCAGGGAGAUCCGUCGUUGGAAGGCGUUUGCUCUUUCACUGUCGAGAUAACCGACGUCAACGACAAUCCACCACUGUUCGACCGUCAAAAAUACGUGGAGAACGUGAAACAAGACGCCAGCAUCGGCACGAACAUCCUGAGAGUGUCGGCUUCCGACGAGGACGCCGACAACAACGGCGCCAUCGUUUACUCGCUGACCGCCCCUUACCCGGGCGACGAUCUGGACUACUUUGAGAUCCAACCGGAAUCCGGGUGGAUCGUCCUGAAGAAACCGCUCGACCGCGAGACGUACAAGCUGGAAGCCACUGCCCAAGAUAAGGGAUACCCUCCUUUGUCUCGGAGUGUCGAGGUCCAGAUCGACGUGGUGGACCGAGCCAACAACCCACCGGUCUGGGACCACGUCGUGUACGGGCCCAUCUACAUAAAAGAAAACAAGCCGGUCGGGGCAAAAGUGGUAUCUAUUAAAGCCAGCUCGGGCAUCGAGGGAAAUCCGACCGUGUUCUACCGGCUGAUGCCGGGGUCCACGGCGCAGACCAACAAGUUCCACACGUUCUAUCUGCAACAAAGACAGGACAACGGUUUCACUUGGGCCGACAUAAAGGUCAACCAUCCGCUGGACUACGAAACGAUCAAGGAAUACAAUCUGACUAUUCGCGUGGAGAACAACGGAGCUCAACAACUCGCGUCUGAAGCGACGGUGUACAUCAUGCUGGAAGACGUGAACGACGAAAUACCUUUGUUCACCGAACGGGAACAAGAGACCGUCCUGGAAGGCGAGCCGAUCGGCACCAAAGUCACACAAGUCAACGCUAUCGACAAGGACGGCACUUUCCCGAAUAACCGGGUAUAUUAUUACGUGGUCGAUUCACCGAGGAACGAAGGGAAGGAUUAUUUCGAAAUAAACACGGAAACCGGCGAGGUGUUCACGAAAAUUGUUUUCGACAGAGAAAAGCAAGGCGCGUACGCUCUGGAAGUCGAGGCCCGCGACGGAGCUCCAUCCGCCAGGCCCAACAACGGCGAAGCUCCAAACUCAGUGUCCAAGUUCAUUCGGAUCGGCAUCGCCGACAAGAACGACAACCCGCCGUACUUUGACAAGGCGCUGUACGAGGCCGAGGUCGAUGAAAACGAAGACAUUCAGCACACGGUGCUCACCGUAACCGCCAAGGACCACGACGAAUCUUCCAGAAUACGUUACGAGAUAACAGGAGGAAAUCUUGGAGGGGCGUUCGCCGUCAAAAACAUGACCGGUGCCAUUUAUGUCGCCGGCCCACUGGACUACGAGACGAGGAAAAGGUACGAAUUGAUAUUGGCCGCUUCCGACAACUUCCAAGACAGCAAAACGACGGUGGUGAUUAACGUAAAAGACAAAAACGACAUGCCGCCCGUAUUCAACUCGCCGCUGUACGCCACCGAAAUGGAAGAAGAACUUAGCGGAGCGUAUCCACACCAUUUGUUACAAGUAACAGCCACCGACGGCGACAAGGAUCGUCCGCAGAACAUCGUAUAUUUCCUCACGGGACAAGGAAUCGACCCCGACAACCCAGCCAACAGCAAAUUUGACAUCAAUCGUACGUCUGGCGAGAUAUUCGUCCUCAAGCCAUUGGACAGAGAUCAGCCCAACGGCAGGCCGCAGUGGAGAUUUACCGUGUUCGCGCAGGACGAAGGGGGCGAAGGCUUAGUUGGAUACGCUGACGUCCAAGUGAACCUGAAAGACAUCAACGACAACGCGCCGGUAUUCCCGCAAGGAGUAUACUGGGGAAACGUAACCGAAAACGGGACAGCCGGUAUGGUAGUGAUGACAAUGACGGCGGUGGAUUACGACGACCCGGCCGAGGGAACUAACGCUAAGCUGAUAUAUUCGAUCGAGAAGAACGUGAUCGAAGAGGAAACUGGCACUCCGAUAUUCGAAAUCGAAUCCGACACGGGAGUCAUCAAGACGGCUGUGUGCUGUUUGGACCGAGAACGCACUCCGGACUAUUCGAUCCAAGUGGUCGCCAUGGACGGCGGAGGCCUGAAAGGAACGGGCACCGCUUCCAUUCGGGUGAAGGACAUCAACGACAUGCCGCCGCAGUUCACCAAAGAAGAGUGGCUCACCGAAGUCGACGAGACCGACGGAUUUAAUUUCCCGGAAACUCCCAUAUUGACCGUGACGGUGCACGACGAAGACGAGACCAACAAGUUCCAGUACAAAGUGAUCGAAAACAGCGGUUAUGGAGCUGAUAAAUUCACCAUGGUACGAAAUAAUGACGGAACCGGAUCGCUAAAAAUCGUUCAACCAUUGGAUUAUGAGGACCAGCUGCAGAGUAACGGAUUCCGUUUCAGAAUCCAAGUCAACGACAAGGGUGAAGACAACGAUCACGACAAAUAUCACGUAGCUUACUCGUGGGUCGUCGUCAAACUGCGCGACAUCAACGACAACAAGCCGCAGUUCGAACGGCCCAACAUCGAAGUGUCGGUGUACGAAAACGUCGAAGUCGGCAAGAGCUUGGAAACGUUCAAAGCCACCGACCCAGACCAAGGUGGCAAGAGCAAAGUGUCGUACGCCAUCGACCGCGUCUCCGACCGCCGCCGUCAGUUCCGCAUCAGUCAAGAAGGCACCGUUUCCAUUCAGCGGCAGUUGGACAGGGAGGAAACUCCUAGGCAUCAGGUGAAAAUAUUGGCCAUCGACGAUGGUGUUCCACCGAAAACGGCUACGGCCACACUCACGGUGAUCGUCCAGGACAUCAACGACAACGCUCCGAAGCUCCUCCGCGAUUACCGACCGGUGUUGCCAGAGCACGUGCCUGCCAGGAAAGUUGUAGAAGUCUUAGCUACCGACGACGACGACCGCUCGAAAAGCAACGGGCCGCCGUUCACAUUCAGGAUGGACCCGAACGCGGAUGACGUGAUCAGAGCAUCGUUCAAAGUCGAACACGAUCAAAAGGGUGCCAACGGUGACGGUAUGGCUGUCAUCUCGUCGCUCAGGUCGUUCGACCGAGAACAACAGAAAGAAUAUCUCAUACCGAUCGUGAUCAAAGACUCUGGCAAUCCGGCGAUGACGGGAACCAGCACUCUGACGGUCAUCAUUCGAGACGUAAACGACAACAAAAUGCAACCGGGAUCUAAAGAAAUAUUUGCUUACAAUUACAUGGGUCAAGCUCCUGACACGGAAAUCGGUCGGGUGUACGUGUACGAUUUGGACGACUGGGACUUGCCGGACAAAAAAUUCUACCCUGACGGCACCGAACAUCCACGGUUCAAGCUGAACGACACCACGGGAAUGAUCAUGAUGCGCCACGGCACGAGGGAGGGCCAAUACCAUUUGCGAUUCAAGGUGUACGACCGGAAGCACACGCAAACGGACAUCUCUGCGAACGUCACGGUCACGGUCAAGGAAAUUUCGCCCGAGGCGGUUAUGAACGCUGGGUCCAUACGUAUCGCUGGCAUUUCCGACGAAGACUUCAUCAGGAUAUGGAACUACAGAACGCAGAGUUUGGUCAGGAGCAAAGCCGAUAAAUUCAAAGACAAACUCGUGGACAUUUUAAACACGCCAAGGGAGAAUAUCGACAUUUUCAGUGUUCAAUUGAAACAAAAGUAUCCCCCGUUGACCGACAUAAGGUUCUCCGCGCACGGAUCGCCUUACUACAAAACGGUGAAACUCAACGGUCUGGUGUUGAUGCACCGCGAAGAGAUUGAAAAGGACGUGGGUAUAAACAUCACCAUGGUGGGCAUCGACGAGUGCCUGUACGAGUACGUGAACUGCGAGGGAAGUUGCACGAACGUGUUCGAGAUAAACACGUUGCCUUACAUGGUGAACGCUAACAAAACGGCGCUGGUCGGCGUCCGGAUCGAUACCUACGCGGAAUGCACUUGUGGAGCACGAAACUUCACGAAAAUCGACACAUGUCGAUCGAGCCCCUGCCUGAAUGGCGGACGGUGCUCGGACACCAGGAACGGACCGACGUGUGAGUGCCCGAACGGCUUCAACGGACCCAGAUGUCAGCAGACGGCCAGGAGCUUCAAGGGCAGCGGAUGGGCAUGGUAUCCGCCAUUGGAGAUGUGUGACAACUCUCAUCUAAGCCUCGAGUUCGUCACGAGAAAAGCGGACGGUCUCAUGCUGUACAACGGUCCCAUCGUUCCUCCCGAACCCGAAGAAACACUCGUAUCAGAUUUCAUAUCAGUUGAGUUGGACAGAGGUCAACCACGUUUGCUCAUCGACUUUGGGUCCGGUACAUUAGAGCUUAAGGUCAAAACAAAAAAGAGCUUGGACGACGGAGAAUGGCAUAAGAUAGACGUGUUCUGGGACACAGAAAACAUCCGUUUGGUGGUGGACAACUGCCGUUCGGCGGACAUCACCGAACUGGAAGACGGUUCGCAUCCAGAGUUCGACGACGCCUCGUGCCAGGCCCAGGGCACAAUACCGCCAUUCAAUGAGUAUCUGAACAUAAAUUCACCACUGCAGAUCGGUGGCAGGUACGUGCAAGACUUCGACCCGACUCACUAUCACUGGCAAUCUGCCCCGUACGGCAAAGGGUUCGACGGCUGCAUCAAAAACGUUUAUCACAACAGCAAGCUCUAUGAUCUGGCCAACCCCGGUCUAACCAGAAACAGCGUUGCCGGAUGCCCUCAAACUGAAGACCUGUGCAUGCAGUUGGUCGGCCACAGGUGUUCGGAACACGGAUCGUGCGUGGGCAGCAUGGUGGAACCACGGUGUGAGUGCAGCCCCGGCUGGUCGGGCGCCGAUUGCCUCACGCCCACAAUACCGACCACGUUCCGGCCACAGAGUUACGUGAAGUACGCUCUAUCGUUCGACGCCGACAAGUUCAUGACUAAAAUCCAGUUGCGGUUCAGGACGCGCGAAGAGCACGGAGAGCUUUUCAGAGUCAGUGACCAACACAACCGCGAAUACGCCAUUCUUGAGAUUAAAGACAGCAAACUGCAUUUCCGAUACAACUUGAAUAGCUUGAGGACCGAAGAAAGGGACGUUUGGCUUAGCGCCGUGACCGUCGACGACGGCAAAUGGCACACGGCCAAAGUAUCGAGAUACGGUUCAUCGGCCAUUUUGGAACUUGACGGUGGAGAAGGAAAACAUUACAACGAAACUUAUCGGUUUGAAGGACAUCAGUGGUUGAUGGUGGACAAGCAAGAAGGAGUGUACGCCGGUGGAAAGGCUGAGUACACGGGCGUUCGAACGUUUGAAGUAUACGGUGACUUCCAAAAAGGUUGUUUGGACGACAUUCGUUUGGAGGGGAGAUAUCUGCCGUUACCGCCGGCGACCAACGGAACUCAGUGGGGCCAAGCCACCAUGGCCAGGAACGUCGAGAGGAACUGCCCAUCGAACAAACCGUGCGCCAACGUCAUUUGCCAGGAACCUUUCGAAUGCGUCGACCUUUGGAACUAUUACGAUUGCACUUGCGGCGAAGGCAGGAUCAUGACUCCUGACCGCAAAGGCUGCGUGGACAAGAACGAGUGUCUGGACAGCCCGUGCAGGAACGGUGGCGUUUGCCUGAACCAAGACCCCAGGAUCCGUUACCGUUGUAUAUGCCCAGACGGCUUUUGGGGCGAGAACUGCGAACUGGUCCAGGAAGGCCAGAAACUGAAACUCGGCAUGGGCGCACUGGCCGCCAUACUGGUGUGCCUCCUCAUCAUCCUCAUUUUGGUAUUAAUGUUCGUCGUGUACAACCGGCGACGCGAGUCACACAUCAAGUACCCCGGACCGGACGACGACGUCAGAGAGAACAUAAUCAACUACGACGACGAAGGAGGCGGCGAAGACGACAUGACCGCGUUUGACAUCACGCCGUUGCAGAUACCCAUCGGUGGGUCGAUGAACAACAUGCACCCGCAAAAAUACAAAUAUCCCGCGAUGCCCGUGGGCGUGGGCGUGGGCGUGGAACCCAACGUCGGCAUAUUCAUCGAAGACCACAAGAAACGCGCGGACGGCGAUCCAAACGCCCCGCCGUUCGACGACUUGCGCAAUUACGCUUACGAAGGAGGCGGCAGCACCGCCGGAUCAUUGUCAUCGUUAAACACGGGUACCGAGGACGACCACCAAGACUACGAGUACCUGGUGUCCUGGGGUUCGCAUUUCGACAAGCUGGCCGACAUGUACAGCCGGGACGGCGAACACGAGAUGGACGAGGAGCAGUUGUAGAGGAGACGACGAAAAGCACGCGUUUAUACAGCCGACUGUUGUGUAGAUUAAUGUAAUAUUAUUAUUGUAAUGUCUUCAUCAUCACGACGCAUCGCACGCCACACGAAGUAGUACCUACCCAUAUGUAAUUAAUGUAUAACACACGCGUCGUGUCCAUUAUAUUAUAAUAAAUAAUAUGCAUAAUAAUAAUAAUAUUGUCGUCAUACACACGGGGCGCCGCAUAAAAUAUUUAAGAUUUGAACUGAAAAUCUAGUCAUGAUUAAUUUUUUUUUUUCCUUUUUUUUAAAACAAACCCACUAUAUACAUUAUAAUUAUUAUUAUUAUUAAUAUUAGACGAUCUCAACUCCCAUUUUUGCUGCCAUUUUACUAUGAUAUUUAUAUAAAAUAUAUGCUUACCGUUUAUCGUUUGUGUCUUACCUACCGUAUACCUAUAAUAUUAUGAUACAAUAAUAUAUUAUAAUGUCCCGGCGAUGGUGUAGGGCGGGCACUUAUACUCACCUACAUCGUUGCGUCACAGCAACUCCAUAUUAUACACCCCGCCAGCAAGACUAGAUAACUAUAAUUAUUGUAAUACAAUAAUAUAGAGCCUCGUCGGCGCCGUCGUCGUUUCCUCCUCGUCAUACUUCGACUUUUCAAUUUUAUGUUUUUCCGAAAAUAUUUCGUCAUUUUUUUCCAUCGCCAUUGACACCCCUCCCCCCUCCCCACGUCGAUCGUAUAGUCGUUUUUUUUUUUUAAUUUGAUUUUUCGUACAAGUAACGUCGAGUUUUUUUUAUAUAUAUAAUAUAUUAUAUAUUUACCUCAAUACAUGAGAGCAAAUCAUAUUAUUGAUUUUCACUCGAAAGUUUUUACUAUUUUUAUUCAAACGAAACUGAGAAAAAAAACAUUGUGUACGUCAAAUUAUUGCCAUUGUACUUGAUUCAGGGCAAACGCUACUUUUUUAUUGUAUGCUCAAUUUCUGUUUAGAUUACACAAUAUUAUUAUAUAGUCGUUUAACUGUAUAAAUGUGACACUGAAUUAUAUAUAUAUUUGUAAAUCGAGUGAAACAAUAUACAUAAUAAUAUAUUAUAAUAUUACAACUACAGCUGUAACGUAAUAAUAUUAUAAUAUAAACAAAAAAAAAAACACAAUACAAUCGUACAACACGACACGAGUCGACAAAAAUAAAAUAUUAUAAAAUCAAACAAUUUUUUUUUUUCGUUCGGUCGAAUAUAUAAUAAUAUUGUCAUAAUAUGUUGUCAUAUUGAAAUCUUUUCGUACAUAUCUCUCGAUGGAAAAAAAAAAAAAACAAAAAAAAAAA